UCUAGUCGAUGAAGGUGCGAACUGUGCGGUGGUUGUUUGGGAGUCUAGGUGCUAAGUAUACAGCUGACUUCGCAUUGAUGCAACUGUGUGCUUUAAAUAAAGCCUCAUGAGUGAAAACGCGUGUAUACAGACCGAAUUCCUCAUCAGAAGCCUCUUGAAUGAGUGUCGCUGAAAGCUGACAUGACCCUUGAAGAUCCAUUCUUUGUAGUCAAAGAUGAAGUAUGCAAAGCUUUAAACAAAACGAGAGGAUUGUAUCGUCGUUGGCUUGAGCUACAUGAUGACCCAGGUAAUAGUGUAUCAAAAGAUGAAUUGGAAUGGACUACAACAGAACUACGAAAUGCGCUUCGCAGCAUUGAAUGGGAUCUAGAAGAUUUGGAAGAUACUAUUGGCAUUGUUGAGAAAAAUCCAGGAAAAUUUAAAAUUGACAACAAGGAAUUGAGCAGCCGGAGGAAUUUUAUAGAUCAAACACGAGACGAAGUGAAGACAAUGAAAGACAAGAUGAACAUUUCAAGAGGUAGAGACAGGGAUCGCACUGCAAGACAGCCUCUUCUUGAGAACAGUCCUGUGAGAGUGCCAUCUACUCAUGGAACAACAAAAUAUUCAAAACUGGAAAAUGAACUGGACAGUCCCAACAGACAAUUCUUAGAUGAUACUCUGCAGCAACAGAACCAUAUGCUCCGUAGUCAAGAUGAACAAUUGGAUAUAAUCAGUGACUCUGUGGGAACCCUUAAAACAGUAUCCAGGCAGAUUGGAAAUGAACUGGAUGAGCAAGCAGUGAUGCUUGAUGAAUUUGGUAAUGAAAUGGAAAACACUGAUUCAAAACUUGACUCUACAAUGAAAAGAGUAGCUAAGGUUUUCCAUAUUUCAAAUGAUCGAAGACAAUGGAUUGCUAUUGGAGUACUGUCGGGAAUAAUGGUUAUUGUCAUCAUCCUGUUCAUCUUUACAUGAGGAGACCUACAAGCAGAUUUGUGACAGUGCAUGAAUUUGUGUUUUAUUUUCCUUAUACUGCUGCAUACAAGACGAAAGAGAAAUUUUGGCACUGAGUGUGUAACAUUCUUUGUGCAAUAACUGUUACAAAAUAGUUAUAAAUCAUUGUUAUAUACAUUGUUGAAUAACAUUGGGGGCUAGGAUCACACAGUUAAAUUUCUGAUUUUUCAUAUGAAAGUGUAAGUAUUACUGAAGGGGUGCUUUAUUAUUUAUACAAGGUUUUUAUUCAUAGCUUAUAGGAUUUUAUAAAUUAGUUUUACUGUGCCUGUUAUACAGCACUUUACCUAACAUUCAAAAUAUGAUCAAGAAGUAAAACUGUACUUACAGUGUGUUACUACAAAGUACAUACUGAGAUUUAAAUAGUGAGUCAGCAGUUUUGUUUGCAGUUUACAUUUAUUUUUUGUAAAUUCGCAGGUGAUGCAAAUAAUGUAUAAUGUAUAUAAUAGAAAUAAAGAAAAUAAUUCUAAGUGAUGUUUUAUGCAUAAAGUUGCAAAACAUUUUAUUAACUCAAAAGACUAUUUGGUGCCAACCAUCAACUUAACCUUUAAUUCUAGAGAUAAUCAUCUGGUAUGUGCAAAAGAUGUAGAUGACAGGUAAUAUAAAAACUUAAUGUACUGGAAUUACUAGUGUUACUUAUAUGAAAAGAUGAUUUUCACAAUUAAUAUAAGAAAAAUACCAGUAGAUAUAUAUAGAUAAGGUGUGCAUCUAUACCAUCUGUUUGGUAAUGGAUUGCAAGUAAAAAGAGACUUUAAUAACAGCAAAAGAAAAGUUCUAGAUAGAAUCAGAUCCUCUCCCAACAAAAAUCAAGUGGGACAUGUUACUCAGAGGAGCUUCAUGAUAUAAGUGAGAGCUUCAAAAUGUAAAUAAUUUCACAUUGUCACUUUGAAAUGUAUGGACUGUGUUACUCCACUUUCCUUAGGUACUUAUAAGUCUUUUAAUAGUGUCUAAGAUUUUAUUUAUGCUUGUCUACUACACUAUUACAAUAAAGUAAAUAGUUAAAACUGAUCAUUUUCAGUUAUCCUCUAGGGAACAGCUGUAUUAUAUUUUACUGUUUUAAAUUUAUGGUGCUGCUACAAUGUAUUGUUAUGCACACUCUUUACUGUUCCUUCAUAUUACAGUAUUCUGUAGUUAAGUUUCUUUCAAUGAUACUUCAUGUAAUUUUGUAAAUACCUCAUUUAGUUGUGAUUUAUACUGGUAUGAACAUUGUGUAAAAGACUGACUGACAUUUGCCUGCUUUAAAUGUGUAUUUGCAUAUGCUACAUUGGUAUUGGCAUAAAAUUUUCAUUGUUUGUUUCCAGUACAAAUGAAUUGUUCAUAAUAAUUAAUUUUGAACUGUGGGUGACAGACUGCAGAAUUUGCCAGUGUUAAGAAUAAGAGCAGUAUCACACAGUAAAAUAACAAUUUGUAAUUUCAAAAUAGUGUAUCAAAAUCAUUUGUUUAGUAUAGCAAAUCCACCAGAGAAAGCAUUCAUAUUGCAGCAUUUUUUUUACCUCAUCUGGUUCAAAAAUGAAACAAAUUAUACCUUACUAAUGAAUGUGUCGCAUUUUUUAAAUUGCUGUAUAGAUUUCUCUUUGUCAGCAGCAGCGGCGAUAGGUUGAAUGACUGUACUGCUGUUAGAGAUAAAUGGCAUUUAUGUGGACAAUCGUAAGUUUCUGAGAUUCAUCUCAAUGAAACAUGCCACUUGCAAUAGGAUUGACUCUAACAAAAUGUUAAUUAUUAAGACACAGCUGUGUUAAUAUAAUAGAGAGUGGUAUCAGACCACUUCUGUAAAUACACUGGGUUUAUAUUUUGUGAUGGUGAUAUGAAACUGAAGGUGCACAACUGAAAUUUAUUGGACUGAAUUUCAUAAGAAAUUGGACCAGAUAAGAGAAAAUAAAAAACAAAUGUAUUGAAUAUUACAAGUAUUUUUUGAUUACAGAACAUCUUUGGUUGUUAAACAUUUAUCAUAUUUUCAAAAACAAAAAGUUUGCUGAAAAGGAGCAAACAGUACUUCAAACUUAGAUACAGAUAUUUGAUAGGUAGUCUAACAUUUCUUUAUGUGAAAAUACACAGAAUACAGUUUAUGUAUAUGUUAAAAUUUUAGUUAUUUAUUUGUGUUCUGGAUUUUAAAAAGCAGACUUUACUAUAUGUGCAAUAAAUUUACAAAUAUAGCCAGUUAUUUUCAGUUUUAUCCAGUUAAUGAUCCAUUAACCUUAACAACGAGAACUGAUAUACUGUGUAGACAGAGGUGCAAUGGAUUGAUACAUGAGAAUCAUGAAAUUUAUGUUGUUGUUUUCGUUCAUAAACAAUGUACAUAGUAGCCGCACAUCAUAAGUGUGCCAGUUGGUUGGCUGUCUUUUUUUCCCCCUUUAUACAUACAAGUAACAAAAGAUUCUCUCAACUUCAAUGUCUUAUAGAAUUGUAUUAUUGUGUUCUUAAGCUUUUUAAAUAAAUGUAGAUUUGAAACUGUACAUAAUAAUUUAAAAUAGGCUCUAAGGAUUAUUGAAGUGUACAUCAGAGGUGCAAGUUUAUGGUGGUUCAGAAGAAAAAACCACUGUAUAAUCCUACUGAUGGUCCCAUUGUGUUGAAUAACAUGUGUCCUAAAACUGCAUUUUGUGCGGAAAUGUUAAGUGAACAAUUACUCAAUAGGGUAGUCACAGAAACUGGACUUUCUUGUCUUAUUUUAUUUACUCUCUCAUACUGCUUAUCAAAGUCAACUUUCUUCUUGAUAGAAAAAUGCGGAAAAUUUGAAAAUAUCAAAAAUGAAAAUGGAAUUGAUUUUUAAUUUCUGUACCAUUUCUGUUAAAUUCUAUAAU